UCUCCUUGUUUUUUUCAAAAACCGAACCCAAGUCUCCUCUUGCAUCCCGCGAGGAACCAAAACAAGAGGGAAAACCAUCUCGUAACGUUUCAUUUCCACCAUUUCUUCUCAGAUCACCCUGCAAUUUCAGAAGGUCCGAGCUUUUGACUGAGAUCUUAGCAAUGGCGAGGAGUAGAUCCUCCUCGUCGUCGUCAAGCAAAUGGAGGUAUUGCAAUCCAUCGUAUUAUCUCAAAAGACCCAAACGUUUGGCUCUACUUCUCAUUGUUUUUGUUUGCGCCUCUCUCUUCGUCUGGGAUCGUCAGACUCUCGUUAGAGAACAUGAGGUGGAAAUUUCAAUAUUAAGUGAGGAACUGAAUCAGUUAAAAAAUAUGUUGGAGGAGUUAAAUAGUGGUGAUGGAGAUGCUGUUAAGUUGGUUAGUGACAAUAAGGAUUUUCCUGACGAACCUAUUGACGUCGAGAGAAGACAGAAAGUGAAAGAAGCUAUGAUCCAUGCUUGGAGUUCUUAUGAAAAAUACGCGUGGGGCCAUGAUGAACUUCAACCGCAAUCGAAGAAAGGUGUUGACAGCUUUGGUGGUAUUGGAGCAACCCUAAUAGAUGCUCUUGACACUUUAUUUAUCAUGGGUUUAGAUGAGCAGUUCCAAAGAGCUAGAGAGUGGGUCGCAAACUCACUAGAUUUUAACAAGGAUUAUUCCGCUAGCGUGUUUGAGACAACCAUAAGAGUUGUAGGUGGACUGCUUAGUGCACAUGAUCUUUCAGGGGACAAAGUCUUCCUUGAAAAGGCCAGGGACAUUGCUGAUAGAUUGCUACCUGCAUGGAAUACGCCUACUGGAAUUCCUUACAACACCAUUAACUUGGCACAUGGAAAUACACGUAACCCAGGAUGGACUGGUGGUGGCAAUAUUCUUGCUGAUGCUGGCACGGAGCAGCUUGAAUUCAUUGCUCUUUCUCAAAGGACGGGAGACCUGAAGUAUCAGCUGAAGGCAGAGAAAGUUAUAGCAGAGCUUAAUAAAACUUUCCCUGAUGAUGGUUUGCUUCCAAUCUAUAUUAGUCCUGAUAGAGGAAUUGGAUCAUACUCGACCAUAACUUUUGGGGCAAUGGGUGACAGUUUUUAUGAAUAUUUGCUCAAAGUUUGGAUUCAAGGGAACAGAACUUCAGCUGUGAGAAAUUAUAGAGAAAUGUGGGAGAAAUCAAUGAAAGGUCUCUUAAGCUUGGUUCGGAAGACAACACCAUCGUCUUUCACAUACAUUUGUGAGAAGCAUGGAGGCUCACUGACAGACAAGAUGGAUGAAUUAGCAUGCUUUGCUCCAGGAAUGUUGGCUUUAGGAUCAUCUGGUUACGGGCCUGCUGACUCUCAGAAAAUCUUAUCACUUGCUGAAGAGCUUGCUUGGACCUGUUACAACUUCUACCAAUCAACGCCCACAAAAUUGGCUGGGGAGAAUUAUUUUUUUAAUCCUGGGGAGGACAUGAGUGUGGGUACAUCUUGGAACGUAUUGAGACCAGAAACUGUUGAAUCACUCUUUUACCUGUGGCGUUUUACGGGCAACAGGACUUAUCGAGAGUGGGGUUGGGAUAUAUUUCAAGCAUUUGAAAAGAACUCACGCAUUGAAACAGGCUUUGUUGGACUAAAGGAUGUAAAUACUGGUGUCAAAGAUGAUAAGAUGCAGAGCUUCUUUUUGGCAGAGACUCUUAAGUAUUUGUAUCUUCUUUUCUCUCCAUCUUCAGUCAUCUCACUAGAUGAGUGGGUUUUCAACACAGAAGCCCACCCUCUAAGAAUUGUCACACGACAUGACGAAGAACAUGUUGGACAAUCAAAAAAUAUACAAACAGGUCGGACGCAUGGCAGGAAAGAAGGUCUUUUUGGUGAUCAUUAAGAUUGAUUUGCUGUCUAUGUUGAUGAAUCCACACAAUGAUUUGAGGCUUACAUCAGAAGACAAGCCAGAGAGUUCAUAGUUAUUAAAUUAGAUUGCAGUGCCCUUGGAGUGCUGUUCAAAUUAGGAAAUAGAGUGGUUCCACAGUUUAUCUCCAUUCCAGUGUGAUUGAAAUUGUUGUACUUUAUGGCUAGGAUGAACACAAUGAUGGAUGUGUAACAUAGAAAAUAGUUUAUUGCCUACAGUUAUGUUUAUAGGAAAAGCUCAUUUUUCAACCCUAAUUAGCUCAACGUCCUCUUUGAGUGUAUGAUAAUUUUGUUCAAUACAAUGCUAGACCCAAAUUUUAUUUUUCUUAAA